AAAAGCAGAGAGGCAGAGAAGAGUUUCAAAUCAGACUACCCGCUAUAAGUUGCCAACUGGGAAUAAUAAGCUCUUAAGGACUAAGAGCGAGCAACUUACUCUACAGUAUUAUGAUGCUUUCACUUCAUUAUAGUUUCCAGUUAUUCCUCUAAAACCCAAAUCUAGGGUUUUGCAUACCUACAUCUCCGUAUGCACCAAAAACUUCUCUACUUAGGGUUUUGAAGUUAAAGCACUAGAAAUGGAAGCGGCUGUGAUAGACGCUGGAUCCAAGCUCCUCAAAGCCGGUACGGCAGUUCCAGACCAAGCUCCACCUAUCAUAAUUCCUACACAAAUGAAACAAAUGCUUGAAGAUGGUUCAUCAGGUGAUAAUUCAUUUGAAGAUGUCAAUGUUGAUCCGGUUGUUCGAGGUUUUAUAAGAGAUUGGGAUGCUAUGGAAGAUUUAAUGCAGUAUGUUCUUUACACUGGCCUUGAAUGGGAAGAGGGUAAUGAAGGUCAAAUUUUGUUUACUGAUCCUCUUUGUACUCCCAAGUCUGUCAGGGAACAAUUGGUGCAGUUGAUGUUUGAAACUUUUAAUGUCUCUGGGUUUUAUGCAUCAGAGCAAGCAGUUCUCUCCCUUUAUGCAAUUGGACGUAUAUCUGGGUGCACUGUUGAUAUUGGUCAUGGGAAGAUAGAUAUUGCGCCAGUAAUUGAAGGUGCCGUUCAGCACAUUGCCUCAAGAAGAUAUGAAAUUGGUGGUAUUGAUUUGACUAAGUUACUAGUCCAGGAAUUGGGUAAAUCUAAUCCCUCGGUUAACCUCAAUGUCUCUGAUGUUGAGAUAAUAAAAGAAAAAUACUCGUGUUGUGCUGAAGACGAGGUGGCUUAUGAGAAGAUUCAACAGUCAAGUGAGACGGAGGAGCAUACACUUCCUGAUGGACAGGUAAUACAAAUUGGAAGAGAAAGAUAUACUGUUGGUGAGGCGUUAUUCCAACCAUCUAUUUUGGGUUUAGAGGCACAUGGUAUAGUUGAGCAGCUAGUGCGUACAAUUUCAACGGUUUCUUCUGAGAACCAACGGCAGCUGCUGGAAAAUACUGUACUUUGUGGUGGCAUAACUUCUAUGCCUGGUUUUGAAGAUAGGUUCCAGAAAGAAGCUAACCUGUGCUCGUCAGCUAUUCGUCCUUCACUUGUAAAACCCCCAGAAUAUAUGCCAGCUGAGCUGACGCAGUAUUCGGCAUGGGUGGGAGGUGCCAUUCUUGCUAAAGUUGUGUUCCCACAAAAUCAGCACGUUACCAAGUCAGAUUAUGAUGAAGCUGGACCAUCUGUUGUUCACAGGAAAUGUUUCUGACAAUUUAAAUACAAGAGUGAAGAAGAUAUCUGAGUGUCUGUUCUCGCUUGCAAUGAUGGUAAUGAUUACAACUGAAAUAAUUGAUAAUUUGAUUAGAUCGGUAUACCUGCUAUUAACUAAAUGAUUUGCAUUAUGCUUGUUCACGAGGACCCUGGACCCCCUAAUGUUUUUUAGUCUUGGAUAAUUAUUUAUUUUGCUUUAGGCAGACUAUUAAUUGCUGUUAGGUUGUCUACUCUAUCCAAUCUGCAUGCGCCUAUUGGACGGGUGACGUUAAAAUGCCACUAAAAGAGCUUGCCCAAACAGGAAAUUAUUUGCAAAACUUUAAAAGUACAUGAUUAUUGGACUUGCUCCACAUUUCUUUGAUAACCACCCUUUUCCUUUAUAGGGUAAACAUAUGUGUAGUGAUUGGCUAUUAGUUUUAUAUUUAUUUAUUAUCAAGGUGUCAAAUAAAGCCAUAAUUUAUGAUUAGAGAAAAUGUGGUAUUUCUCAGUGUUAUUCUUUAAAUCUAUUACCAUAGGCAAUCAGAGGAUGACAUGCAAUUUCACUACGAAGCAUUUCAGCUUUGUAUUUUUACCCUAGGACUUAACAUCCAUGAGUAGCCUCUAGCUAUAGAAAUUAGGUAAGAUUGGAUCCUCAGAAAAGUAUAUGAUCAACAAGACUAAUUCUAGGAACCUUGAGACCUUUGGUUUCUGAGUGAGAAAAAGAAAAACAGCGUAUCAUCAAACAAGAAUAUAACUUUAGAUGAAUGAUCAAAUUAUGGAUCAAUUCCUUUAUUUGUAUGAAAGAAAGUUGCGAUUUUAACGUUUGUACUGCUUUGUACUACAUCGUAGAUGAGUAAACGCUGUUUGAUUAAA